AGUAUGAGCAUGAAGUUAUAAAAACCCCUCCAAACUAAGCAACUACUCACUCCAAACCUCAAUUUGGUGAGAAAAAACACACCAAUUUUCAACUCAAAAACCAAAAUUUGCAAACAUGGGUAAACUAAAAACCAACAAUAAUAACCUUAAAAAUGCAAUCAUAGCAUUUGUAGCUCCUCUUCCUUCCAUCUUCUUCUACCUGUAUUUCCUUCGUAAUUACUCAGAGUCUGAUCAUUCUCUCUCCUACAUUUGGUCAUGGUGUUAUCACCACCCAAUCCUCCUUGCAAAUGUCUUCUUCUUUCUUAACAUCAAUGUCAUGUUUUGGGCCAUUGGCCAUAUUCAAUCCAGUCACUGGAUGAUUGAUCCAUAUUGGACAGUGAUUCCCUUGAUGCUAGUUUGCUACUAUGCAACUCACCCAUUAGCAUCAUUUAACCUGUGGAGGUCCAGAAUUGUGAUCCUUUUGACAUUUAUGUGGAGUUUAAGGCUUUCUCAUAACUAUUUUCGCCGUGAAAAUUGGCAAUGGGGUGCUAGGGAGGAUUGGCGCUUCACUGAUAUGCGUAAACAGUAUGGCAAGAAUUGGUGGUGGGUCUCAUUUUUUGCCAUCUAUUUUGCUCAGCAGAUCUUUCUGGCGGGGCUAAGCCUUCCCUUCUACACCAUACACACUGUUGAAGCAGCAUGGAGCAUUUGGGAUUUUGUGGCUGUUGUUGUGUGCAUGACUGGUAUAAUUGUUGCUUACUAUGCUGACACUCAGCUCCAUGAGUUUGCCACGAAGAAUGCGGAGUUGAAGGCUUGUGGAAAGCCAAUCUUGCCCACUUUGGAGAGCGGUUUGUGGAAGUACUCACGGCAUCCAAAUUACUUGGGGGAGCAGUUGUGGUGGUGGGGACUUGGUAUCUUUGCAUGGAGCCUCGGGCAAGGGUGGACAUUUGUAGGGGCGUUUGUUAACACCUUAUGCUUAGCUUAUGUGACUGCUUUGGUUGAGGAGAGAAUGCUAAAGCAACCAUUCAGAGCUGAAGCAUACCGACAAUACCAAAAGACGACCUCGGUUUGGAUCCCAUGGUUCAAAUCAUCAUCCCCUGAAGAGACAAAAGAUAAGACCAAUUAAUUUGAUAUUGUUCGAGUCUGCCGAACUUUUGCUAUGUAAUUGUGUGUUCUUGUCCCUCCUCGGAACUUGCUGUGUUAUAUCAUGUCUCAUGAAUGUUUCUUUCUUGAUAGAGGGUUUUCUUGUGUUUGUUAUUCUAAUUUUUUCUCUCCUGUCCUACCAAUCUAAUGUAUGCAAUUGUAUAAAUCAGUUGAGCUCUAUUCUUAUCUUAACUUGCCUGGCAAGUGUUAAACAAGUGAAAUGAGAAAUCCGAAAUUACUAGUA